AAAGUAUUACUCAAGUUUGUGUAACACAAAGGCAUGGUAGGAGAGGAAGAACAGUGAGAAAGAACAUGGAAGACGAAGAGAUGCUCUGAGUUAUAAUCUCCAGUGAACUCUUUUAUUCUUGGAUUGUCUCUGUUGUUCUGGAACUAAGACCACUCCAAACAGAAGAAAGAUGCAGCAAUUGGGAGGGGAGGAGUGUCUGGUCCCUCAGCCUCGUGGGAGUUUACCCAAAGCCUGUGCGAUAGGAUUGGCUUCUGUGGUGGUGACGGCCAUCUUGGUUUUGGAGCCUGAGGGCUUCUUCAGACACGUUUCCGCAGCAAUACUCAUCCUGACUGUGGGGCCCUCGCUGCACGGAGUGUUUCUUCUCUCAGAGGAAUGUCUUCAUCAUGCAACUACCAGGUACCGUGGUCGGAGGCUGGGUCAGAUGGUGACAGCCUGUGUGGGUGUAUGUACCCUCCUGUGUGUGGGUUUGGCAGUGCUGCUGUUUGUCUUGACCAAGCCCCAGCCCUGGAGGGACCAGUGGAGCAUGGUUAUCCUGGCCUGUGUCCUCUACCCUCUACUCAAAACCCUGGGAGUACUGGGUCCGUCUGAGGUGGAGGUGUCAGAGAUCUGUGAGACGAGGAAGAUGAACGUGGCUCAUGGCCUAGCUUGGUCUUUCCACCUGGGCUACCUCAACCUGGUUCUGCCUCGGUUGGAGGGUUCUAUCGCAGCGUUCCGUGCUUCACAUAAUGCAGGUCCGUUUGAGACCAGGGGUUCCAGAAAGCUCCUCAUUCUCCUUCCUCUCAACGCAAACAUUACUCACACGCUGCAGGACGAGGACACCAACAUCCAUUUCUAUGACAACCUCCCUGACACAGAGAUCGACAGGGCAGGUGUCAGGGGGCGUGUCUACAAGCACAGUGUCUACACCGUAUUGGACAAGGACAGACAGGCCCAUCACUGUGUUGUGGAGUAUGCCACCCCUCUGCUGACCCUGUAUAAGAUGUCUCAGGAGAGCAGUGCAGGGUUUGGGGAGAAGGACAGGAGAGAGCAGUUGCUGCUGUUCUACAGGACUCUACAGGAUAUACUGGACCGCUCACUGGAGUGCAGGAACCGCUACCGACUCAUCCUGCUCAACGAUGAACAUGAGGAUGACCCUCACUACCUGUCCAACUCCAUUCUGAAGAACCUGGAUCAACAGGAGAAAGAAGAGUUCUAUGUUCCCCCUUUCAUCCCUCAGCCUGAGGUGGACCACCCAUCCCAUGCCCUGCCCAUCAUCGACGACUGGCACCGAGCUGAGCCAAUGAGCAGGGUGCCUACGAUCAUGAUCAGUCAUGACAUGCCACGUACGCUCAGGGAACCGGUUGAGAAUUCGGAAGACCUUUCUCCAUGAGACAGGUCUAGAGAGAUAAACAAAAUAAAUUGCACUUAUGCACAACAGCAGCAGCACUACACCAGGCUGCAAGGUAGGAAGUACUCAAAGCCAUCUCAAAGUAGAGCAACAAGGCAUUGCCUUCCCCUUUACACCGCCACUCAUUACUUAACAUACAGUGCAUUUGGAAAGUAUUCAGACCCCUUGACUUUUUCCACAUUUUGUUACGUUGGUAUUAUUCUAAAAUGGAUUAAAUUGUUUUUCUUCCUCAAUCUACACACAAUACCCCAUAAUGACAAAGCAUAAACAUGUUUUGUAGAUUUUUUUUGCAAAUUUGUAUCAAAAUAAAUAUUACAUUUACAUAAGUAUUCAGACCCUUUACUCAGCACUUUGUUGAAGCACUUUUGGCAGCGAUUACAGCCUCAAGUCUUCUUGGGUAUGAUACUACAAGCUUGGCACACCUGUAUCUGGGGAGUUUCUCCCAUUCUUCUGUGCAGAUCCUCUCAAGCUCUGUCAGGUUUGAUGGGGAGAAUCGCUGCACAGCUAUUUUCUGGUCUCUCCAUUGAGUUCAAGCCCAGGCUUUGGCUGGACCACUCAAGGACAUUCGGAAACUUGUCCCGAUGCCACUCCUACGUUGUCUUGGCUAUGUAGGGUCAUGAACCUUCUCCCCAGUCGGAGGUCCUGAGUGCUCUGGAGCAGGUUAUCAUCAAGGAUCUCUCUGUACUUUGCUCUGUUCAUCUUUCCCUCAAUCCUGACUAGUCUCCCAGUCCCUGCCACUGAAAGACAUCCCCACAGCAUGAUACUGCCACCACCACGCUUCACAGUAGGGAUGGUGCCAGGUUUCCUCCAGACGUUACGCUUGGCAUUCAGGCCAAAGAAUUCAAUCUUGGUUUCAUCAGACCAGAGAAUCUUGUUUCUCAUGGUCUGAGAGUCUUUAGGUGUCUUUUGGCAAACUCCAUACGGGCUGUCAUUUGCCUUUUACUGAGGAGUGGCUUCCAUCUGGCUUCAUCAGACCAGAGAGAAGAAUCGUGGUGGUUCCAAACUUCUUCCAUUUAAGAAUGAUGGAGGCCACUGUGUUAUUGGGGACCUUCGAUGCUGCAGAAAUGUUUUGAUGCCUCAACACAAUCCUGUCUCGGAGCUCUACGGACAAUACCUUCGACCUUAUGGCUUGGUUUUUGCUCUGACAUGCACUGUCAACUGUGGGACCUUAUAUAGACAGGUGUGUGCCUUUCCAAAUCAUGUCCAAUCAAUUGAGUUUACCACAGGUUGACAACAAUCAAGUUGUAGAAACAUCUCAAGGAUGAUCAAUGGAAACAGGAUGCACCUGAGAUCAAUUUAGAGUCUCAUAGCGAAGGGUCUCAAUACUUAUUGUAUUUAUGUUUUUUAUCUUUUAUAAAUGUGCAAAAAAUUCCAAAAACCUGUUUUCGCUUUGUCAAUGUGGGGUAUUGUGUGUAUAUUGAUGAGGUAAAACAUUUAUUUGAUCAAUUUUAGAAUAAGGCUGUAACGUCACAAAAUGUGGAAAAAGUCAAGGGGUCUGAAUACUUUCCGAAUGCUCUGUACGAGGGUCAGAUUGCAUACUAACAGAGGAAUAACAGAACAUUGUUAAUGGUGUAAUACAAUCCUCUGUUGGCUGUAACGUUUGGCCACAUACUGUAAGUGUUGUGUUUCUGUAUGUAUACAAACAAACAGAAUUCAGGGUCAAGUUACAACCACUCAGUUUUGUAAUUCAUCUGUCUGUACUGUAUGUAUGGGCUCCCGAGUGACGCAACGGUCUAAGGCGCUGCAUCUCAGUGCAAGAGGUGUCACUACAGUCCCUGGUUCGAAUCCAGACUGUAACACAUCUGGCCGUGAUUGGGAGUCCCAUAGGGCAGCGCACAAUUGGCCCAGCGCCGUCCGAGUUUGGCCGGUGUAGGCCGUCAUUGUAAAUAAGAAUUUGUUCUUAACUGACUUGCCAAGUUAAAUAAACCUCUUAAAGGUUCAAUAAAAAAGAACACUAUGAUGGAUUUACAUUAUUUGCAAAGACAGAAUGUGCAUGCCUGAACCAUGGGGUGAAUUAGAAGGGGAGAGAAGAGAGAGAGAGAAGGGGAGAGAAGGGAGAGCCUGAGGGACACUGAAUAGUAACAGCUUUAUCAUUCCAAAUAGUAGUGGUACGGUAGUAGGGGUGAUGGUAAUGUUAGCGGUUUACUGAUGGUGGUGGUAGUAGUAAUGAUGAUGGUAAUUGUAUUACUGAUGUAAUGGUGAGAAUGACAGUUAGUUAUAGUUUCAUUUUCUGGGUUUAAACUUUUAUCUUUACAUUUCUACUAUUGACUGUUGCCAUUUUAUUGUUGUUAUUAUUAGUAUUUUUUUCUUUAUAUGUAAUUGAUUUACUAACAUUUUAUAUUAUUACUCUUCAUUAUUUUAUUAUAAUGUAUACAUUAUUGCUUUUGCAAUUUACAACGCAAUGUUUUUCAUGCCAAUAAAGCAACUUGAAUUUGA